GAGAAUUGUGAAAACCACGUGUGGAUGUUUACCUUCACAGUUUAAUAAGAUCGGUAAAAUAUGUCCAGCGGGAGCAAGAUAUUUACUGGUUACCGUGCACUGGGGUUUGUUAGUGACCAUGUCCCCCUUGCCACGCGAUAUAACAAGAGACUGAAGGAGAACUAUGUCAUAACAAGCGUGGGAAAUGCUUUUCACACAUACAACUGCUCCAAGCUAGGAAUAACACAAAUAAGUGAUAAACACCCAGACAGCAUCACCUGUAUAGCAGUCAACAACAGAUAUGUAUUUACCGGGUGUGGAAACCAAGUGCGAGCCUUCAAGAGAAGCCGACAGCUUGUUCACACCUUUGAUGGUCACAGUGUUGAGGUUCACCUGCUCCUUCCCUUUGGAAACCAUCUCAUUUCAGUGGAUAUUCACAGCAACUUGAAAAUCUGGGACGUGGAAAAUGGCGGAGUGUACCUGGAAAUGGAGUUCAGUAAUUCCACCUUCCACAUCAGUGCCCUUGUCCAUCCCAGCACCUACCUGAACAAAGUGGUUCUGGGCAGCAAGCAGGGCACCCUCCAGCUGUGGAACAUUCUGAAGGACCAGAUGUUGUACUCCUUCACCGGCUGGGGGAGCCCCAUCACCAUCCUCCAACAGUCUCCGGCCAUUGAUGUGAUUGCAGUGGGACUAGCAGAUGGACGGACAAUCCUACACAAUAUUAAGUACGACGAAACCAUCAUGCACUUUCAGCAGGACUGGGGACCAGUGUCGGCCAUCUCAUUCAGGACAGAUGGUCACCCUAUCAUGGUGACAGGAAGUACUGCUGGUCACAUAGCUCUUUGGAAUUUGGAGGAGAAAAAGCUCCAGAGUCAGAUCAGGAAUGCUCAUUACAGUGCUGUGUCUGGGAUGAAUUGUCUCCCGUCGGAACCCCUGAUGGUUACCUCAGCUGCAGACAACUCACUCAAGGUAUGGAUCUUUGAUUUACCUGAUGGGGGAGGCCGUUUACUACGACAACGAUCUGGUCAUAGCGCCCCGCCUAAUGUCAUACAUCACUAUGGAAACAACGGCAAAAAUGUUUUAAGUGCAGGUCAAGACAGUUUUUUGAAGUCCUUUUCCACCAUUCAUGAUUCGGAGAACAAGAGUUUAGGAAGAGCCAGUUUCAACAAGGCAGGGACUAAGAGGAUGGGGCUACAGAAAGACAAAUACAUGAUGCCCCCUAUCACUGCUUUUGCUGCAGAGGUCACUAGAGCCAGUGACUGGGACAGUAUCGUAGCCUGUCAUAGAGGCUUGUCUCAAGUCACGACCUGGAACUUCCAGAAAAGCACCAUGGGAAAACUGCGUCUAUGUCAUCCACGAUUUGAAGAGAAAGAAUUUCAAACAGCUACAGCAAAGUGUGUGGACAUUAGCAGCUGUGGAAACUUUUGUGUGAUUGGUUACAGCUCAGGUCAUGUGGACAAGUACAACCUCCAGUCAGGUAUACACAGGGGCUCCAUAGGGGAUCCAGCCCACCACUGCUGUGUGAUGGGGGUAGUGGUGGAUGGGAUGAACCAGAUACUAGUCACGGCGGGUCUCGAUGGAGAAAUCCGGUUCUGGGGGUUCAAGAAACACCAGCAAAUCGACAGCUUACGCACCGAUGGUUAUAUCUCUGGAAUUGUGCUGCACAGAGAUAGCUCCAUGCUCGCUGUUUCCCUAGACAAUUUCCAGAUCAUCGUGGUGGAUCUGGACACUCGUCGAGUGGUCAGGAAGUUUCAAGGUCACAGUAACAAGGUCACUGGGAUGUCCUUCAGCCCUGAUGCUCGAUGGCUGAUCUCGGCUGGCAUGGACUGUACAGUGAGGACCUGGGAUCUACCCUCAGGAAGGUUGGUGGACUGUUUUAUGACAGAGAUGGCUGUAACCUCUCUGACAAUGUCUCCUACCGCAGACUUCCUGGUGACCUGCCACAUCGACAGCGUAGGUCUCUACACCUGGUACAACAAGACGCUUCUCUCUCUUGUCUCUCUCGCUCCUCUCCCCGAUGAUUAUCAACCACAGGAAGUUGACAUGCCGGAUACGCAAGUCACGGCCUCAGUCGACAGCCAGACAGGAGAAGACAACUCUAUGGAGGAUGAUCCUCAGGAUUAUGCCUCGCCUGAACAGCUGUCUGCAGAGUUAGUGACCUUGUCACUUCUCCCCAACUCCCGCUGGCAGAACCUGCUCAAUCUGGACGUCAUCAAGAUGAGAAAUAAACCCAAAGAACCUCCUAAAGUCCCCAAAGCUGCACCAUUUUUCCUACCCACUAUUGCCGGCCUACAGCCAAAGUUUGAUAUCCAAGACGACAAGGAAGAAGGGGACAAGAAGCAAUCACGUUCUGAUCUCUCGAGAUUUAAUUCACUCAGCGAGCUUGGACGCAAACUAGAGGAGGGCAACGAAGGCCUGACUGCCCUGGAUUACCUGAAGGAGCUGGGUCCAUCUGCGGUGGACAGCGAGAUUCGGUGUCUGGGGCCUGAUGCAGGGGGAUCAGUGACCGUUAUGUGCCAGUUCCUGGACAUGAUCAGUUAUGUCUUGGACACAAAGAAAGACUUUGAGAUCAGCAAUGCAUACCUGGGACUGUUCUUAAAGAUUCAUGGAGAUACGAUAUCUAGCCACCCGGAACUAGUGGAGGCUCUCAUACAGGUGAAACAGAAAUUGAGUGAAACAUGGGGCUCCAUACAGGACUUAUUUACUCUAAAUCUGACACUUCUCACCCACUUAAGGACUGCCAAGAUCUGAGAGAGAGAGAGAGAGAGAGAGAGAGAGAGAGAGAGAGGGAGCAAUGCAUUUAUUACUGUCAAGAGAAUCAUUCAUUAAAGAUUUAAACCAAAAAGUGUUUCAAGUAGUCAAUACUUUAUAUUUGCACACUACAUGUAUGCACAAUAUAUCUCAUAUAAGGUUUGGCAAUAUUGGGUGUUUGAUUCAGGAGAAGUUCUUAAAAAAUUCUUCAGCUUAUUUUCCCCAUAUGAAAGGGCAUUUUCUUUAUUUUAACACACUUGAAAGCUCUUUAUCCAAGGUUACUAUCUUUCAGUUUUGAAAUUGAGUGGUUUUAGAGAAGAUGUACAUUUGAAUAAUGAGAUAAUUUUUUUCAGGAACGUGAAAAGAUGUUUAUGUACCCAAAAUUUAAGUUAUGAAUAGAGCUUUAGAAUUUGUUUUAGAUAUAUUAAAACAUAUAUAAUUUUCAUCUUUGUAAAGAUGAUCUAUGUCAUCAAUUGAUGAUGAUUGUAUUUCACAAAAAGUUUGCAUUUAAGUUAAAAACUGGGUAUCUCAGAUCCAUUUUUUGAAAAAGAAACAUCAAGCGCAUGUUUGCUCCAACACCAGUUUUUUUUGUACGAUGUGCAAAAUAAUAUGAACAUUACUGUGGUUUCAUUGUUAUUCAAGGGUAUCAAUUAUAUUUUUUGUGGAUCAAGUGAAAAUUGUGGUUUCAAGGAUAUGUGAAUUUAUGGCCAAUGACCCUAUCAAUACUAAAUGUUAAUAGAAAUUGCACUUCAAUGAACAUUUUAUUUCGUGGAUUAACUUAACAAAGAAAUCCACAGAAAUUGGUAUUCAACGAAUAUUGAUGACACCACAGUAUUAUAUAUAUGUGAAAAUGGUUUUGGAGCAAUGUUACUCUCUAUACUUCCUUCUGUUAAAUAUGAAGAUGAAUUGAAGUUUUUGUGAAAUUGCAAGAAAAGGUCAUUUACAUGAUGUCAUAAAAGCACAAAGAACUAACAAUGUUUUCUACAUUUUUGUAACUAACUUAUCUAGUAAAAUAUUUUUUGUAAAAAAAUAUGUAUAAUGUGAUGAUUUUUGGGGGUUAAAAUAGCAGGCAGAAAUGACAUUAUAUCAAAUAUAAUCCCUGUGCAAGCAAGCUGGUAAAAUGCAUUUUAAGAUUGUCUUUACUUGUGACUUCUGAUUCAGUAAGUUAUACUUAUGAGACAUUGGAAUGCAAUGCAUGGGAGGUACUAAGUAUUUAAUUUUAAUCUUUAAUUUUUUUCAACAACUUUUGUAAGUACAUUGUACUUUAUAAUAUUACAUUACAACUGUUAGGAUAUAGUGUAUGCAUCAUGAUAUAGUGUAUAUUUAAAAUUUUUCAGAAUGUUACCUCUAAGUUGAAGAAAUGGUGUAAAUUUUUAUUUCCCUUCGAAGAAGGGAGGGCAUAAUGCUUUGCUGCUGUCUGU